AGGGCGGAAGUGCUGGGCGCACGGACGCCUCAGUAAGGGCGGAAGUAGAGGCCUCAGCAGAAGUGGCAGCAGUGAGGGUGGAAGCAGCGCGACCCGCGUGGGAUCGGGGGUUCUGCCCGCGCCGGGCCGCCCACGCCGGCCGCCAUGGAACUCAGCGCGGAGCACCUGCGGGAGAAGCUGCGGCGGGACCUGCAGGCAGAGCACGUGGAGGUGGAGGACACGACUCCCAACCGUUGCGCGUCCAGCUUCCGAGUCCUGGUGGUGUCGGCCAAGUUCGAGGGGAAGCCGCUGCUCCAGAGACACCGGCUGGUGAACGCGUGUCUAGCAGAAGAGCUCCCGCAUAUCCAUGCCUUUGAGCAGAAAACCCUGACCCCAGAGCAGUGGGCCCGUGAGCGUGAGCGGCAGAAAUAAGAGACCAGCACCUGCACAGCCAUUAAAUUAUGAAUCAGGGCCA